AUGCCUCUUCUUCAGCUAAGAUCCUUUAGCACGGGUGCUGCAGAGAUCAAGCCCCCACAGCCCCAGGGUUCAGCAUCUGCAAAGCAUCAGGAUUUGGAAAGAGGUAGUACUCUUAGUUUUCAACCAAAGACUCGAGGUGGGCGUAGAGCAUUAAGUCUUGACACUGGAUCAAGAGCAAAGGGAUGCCUUGUGACUGCAUGCACACCACUCUGUGGAGAGGCACAUGUCCCCCAGCUGCUUCUAAGCCUAGAGAACCAUGUUCAGCCGCCCAAUAAACGCGCUAAGACUAUGCUCCGGACAGGUAUGAAGACCGUUGUUCAGCCAACUCGCAUCACCAUUAAGAGCACCGAUGGCACGGCUGAGUAUCCACCAUCCUAUUUCCCCAAUUCCCUGACGCUUCCGUCGAUAAACUUUACUUUGGGAGAUUGCCAGGUAUCGCGUGAGGUUACGAAGGGCUUUGUCCAGCGUGAGGACGUCUGUGAGGCCAUAGAUCCAGAUGCAGCUAUGGGACUCCUUGGUCACCGAAUUGCAAACCACAGCAUUACUAUGGCCAGUAGCGGGGUCCUCAGGGAGAGCACGAAAACGAAUGAGUAUUGUAUGAUACACUCCAUCCAGAACAACCUCGCAAUCAUCAGACGUACAACGAACACGUUGAUGAAGAGGCUUCAAGACCAGCUGGCAUCUAGUGAGAGAGCGCUCGCUGAGUGUAGGGCACGCAUAGAUAGCGCAGAGGCCCGUGCCGUGUCUCUCGACGCAAUGGUAGAACGAAUCCAUACUCUCGCCUCAAACACGACGCUGCAGGAGCUUUGUGUCAUCAGUAAGGACCAGGAGGAUGUCAGCCACAUCAUUGCUCAUUUGGACUCGCAGCUGGAUAAAGACAUUAAGACCCUCGAUGAAAUGUACACCUUUGGACACGACUUUUCUCAGCGUGUCAUGCUAUACAGGAGUCGACUUCCGGUCUUCGAGAAGACGAUGACCGUCCUAAAGCUGAAGUGUGACGCAAUAAAGAGCAAGGUAAACAAGUAG